CCCAGGUGCGUAUUUUACAACUUGGAUGCAUGUAGUGGCCCUGCUUGUGGUACGAGCGUAAACUAGUGCCACAUGCAUUUCAGGGCUGCAUCUUCGACCGCCGCUGAGGGUGUAGACAUGUAGGAGGCAUAAUAACGCAAUCAUGGAACCGUGACUAAAUUCCGCCUCCACCUCACUACCGUCACGGUAACGUCUUAAGUGGUGAUGCGGUCUAUCACAGACCCUGUCACAUCUGCGGGGAGGAAUCCGUGACACUUGAAAGAACUGCAUAUGUAAGGGUAUGUUUGCGGGACUACAUGCGAGGUCUGCAGAACUUUUUGCUUCGGCAAGGAUGCCGCAGGGAGUGGAGUGAAGUGUUACCCUUGUUGCAAUGUGGAGGAGCAAUGUCUGUCUACCUGCCAAAUGCUAGAAUUCCACCCACCAGGGCAGUGCUGGCUAUAAGCCCGAAAGCGACUGGUCUAGGGGAGUUAAGAGGACAAUACUCACCAUCAGCAAGCCUCGCCUGUGCUCCAGCAGCUAAGCGGAUGUACAGAAUAUGGUCUUGAUAGUAGAGAUCACAUUGUCGGUACGUCCAGUGGCUAUUUGCCGAGUACAAGGACUAAUUGCCGCGGAACAUACAACGUCCAGGGUGGACAAGGUAGAUAAUAGUGCUAUAUAUCUUCUUCAACGUCUAUCAUAAUACGUAUAUUUAUACGUUAAUUACAUGCGUC